AUGGCAUCAGAGUAUAUAUAUGAUGAAGAGGGCGAGACCUGGCCAUAUUUUGUCUUGGCUGUUCUCACAUUCAUAUUGAUUCCAGUUACAUUCAAAUGGAUAUACAAUGUAUUUGAUCACGAUGAUCCCAGGAGUGUAAAUCUGUCCAUUAAGGGUUCUAUUUUGGAAAAUUCAAAAACAAUUGGAACUGAAAACUCUGCUGAAGUGAAUAAGUUCCAAAGUGGACAAAAAUCUGCCAGGAUCUUUAACAAGACCUUGGUUUUCAUAAUUACUGGGUGGAUCUUAGUGUACUACAUUGGAGCGAAUUUCACCAAAGAAGCUAAUAUGCAAGGUAUAUUCGACCCUUAUUCAAUCUUGGAAAUCUCAGCUUCUGCCACCGAAAGGGAAAUUAAGAGCCGCUACAGAAAAUUAUCUUUAACAUUUCACCCAGAUAAACUUCCGAAAGAUAUAACGGACACAGUUAAAGAGGAAAUGGAAGCCGCUUUCAUCAGAAUUAACUUGGCUUAUAAAGCCUUGACUGAUGAAACGACAAGGGACAAUUUUUUAAAAUAUGGUCAUCCUGAUGGUCCCCAAGAGAUCUUUCAUGGAAUUGCUAUUCCAAAAUUUCUUGUUGAAGGUAAAUAUUCUCCAGUGAUGAUUGUGGUUUAUUUCUUAUUGAUCGGAUUCUUUUUACCAUUGAUAGUUGGAACUUGGUGGAAGAAUGUAAAGUCUCAUACAAGAAAGGGAUUACAUGUGGAUACCGCUGCUUUAUUCACAAGAAAGCUAGCUGAUAAAAAUCCAGCAAUAGUGAUUACACCAACUUAUCUUUUGGAUUGGAUUUGUUCGAGCAAUGAGAUUAAAUCUUCCUUUACUCAUUUAAGCCCAUCAGAAGUGAAAGAAAUUAUCUUAAAAUAUAUGCACCGUGAAUUCGAAUCAAUUUCUGAGGCUGAGAGCUUAAAAAUCAUUUCAAUGUUGCCAAAUCUAAUUAAUGGAUUGAUUGACAUUGCUGUUAUAUUCAGACACACAGAUAUUGUUCUUGCGGCUUUUGAUCUUCAAAAGUCCGUAAUUCAAGCAGUACGGCCCACUGGAAAAUAUCAGGAAUUACUUCAGCUUCCAUAUGUAAAUUCAAAGACUGUUGAGAGUCAGGAAAUUAAAAAGUUAGGUAAAUUGAUGACGUUAUCGGAGGAUGAAGCGAAGAAGAUUUUAGGUAUAGAAGACUCACAAAAGGUACAAAAAUCGUUAAGCGUCGCUUCUCGUAUUCCAAGUUUACGUAUCAUCAAAUCUGAAUUUAAAGUACCUGGCGAAGAAGUUGUUCCACCCUCAUCUAGUGCUCACUUAGUUCUUCAAUUUUUGGUUAAGUCACCAAAGUUAAAGUCUAUUCCUAAUGUACCAGAGGAAGAGCUAAUAGAGGAAGAGACAUUCGACUACUUGAGAAAUCCUUUGGAGUCAAAUGAUAAACAGCCACAAUUGCCAUAUUCUUAUGCCCCAUACUUUCCUAAAAAUAUUCAAAAUAACUGGUCUGGUUACUUUAUUGCUCAAAAAGAUGGAAAAUUGUUGGAGGGAAGCACCACAGCGAAGCUUGAAAAUAUCGACUUAAGUAAUAUUGAGCUUGAUCAAGAAUCAUGGAAAAAUGGUGACGCAAUUGUGGGCUCUUUUAAAAUUCCAUUCCCAAUGACCUCACCAUCAAGCGUUGGAACAUACCAUUACAGAGUUAUUUUAAAAAACAAUGCAUAUUUUGGCUCAGACGUGGAUAUACCUGUGUCCAUGGUUGUAGAAAGACCUCCUUUCAAGAAGCCAGUUAAGCUAGAAAGAGAGAAUGAUGAAGAUUCUGAUGACAGUGAUAUUUCAGAUCCAGAGGAAGAUACAUUAGCUGGAGCUUUAGCUGCAUUAAGAGGAGGAAAUGUCAAAAAAUCAACAAAGGAUGGGGAAUAUGAAGAAGACUAUGAAAGUGAUGCAGAUAAUGAAAGUAUUUUCACUGACAUAAACACGGACACUGAAGAUGAAAGUGACGAAGUUAAAGGCAAGUAG